AUGCCGUACAUCUUUGAUCCGCCUCCGGUAGUGGGGAUACCAAUUGAAGGAACGGACGCCAGGUUUCCAGUGCACCGCGUAUAUUGCGUCGGUCGCAAUUACGAGGACCACGCUCGAGAAAUGGACUCUGGAGACACGCGCGAAGACCCCUUCUUCUUCCUGAAGCCGGCCGAUGCAGUGGUCGCCAUAGCCGCACAAGAUGUGGCCGAAAAGGCUGGUGGCCGAGCGGAGAAGGGCGUGGUUAGGUUGCCGUUUCCCAAGCGGACGAGUAUGCUGCACCCAGAGGUUGAGCUGGUGGUGGCGAUAGGUGGAGGCGGUUCGGAUAUCCCCGUUGAUAAAGCCAUGGAGCAUGUGUUCGGGUACGCAGUCGGCCUGGACCUCACGAAACGAGAUUUACAAAACGAUCUUAAGGCAAAACGCCGACCGUGGUGUUUGGCCAAAGCCUUCGAGCAGUCAGCUCCGGUGGGAGCGAUUACACCCUACCGCAUCCUGGCUAACGACUGUCGGACUUUCUCGUCCCCGACUUUCUCGCCGAAUGGUGUUGUUAACGUCACUGGUAGUGACAUCACUGGUAGUGACAUCACUGGUAGUGACAUCACUGGUAGUGAGAUUUCGUUGACGGUAAACGGAACGAGGCGUCAACAGAGCCGUAUUACGCAUAUGUUAUGGACCAUACCGGAAAUAAUUUCACAUCUAUCUGCCUCGUGGACACUGCAGCCAGGCGACCUUGUAUUCACGGGGACUCCUGGGGGCGUCUCAUCAGUUGAGAUAAACGAUUUGAUCAAGGCGGCUGUGGAGGGGCUCCAGCCGAUCGUAAUCCGCUUCACUUAA